AGUACACCUGGCGUUGUAUUUAGGUGUAUCCAUGGUAACCAACACGCUCCCUGUACGAGUACAGGACAAAGCAGUGCCUUCAGUACACUAUCAUUUUGUCUCGUUAGCUCAUUGUGCAUAUUAACAGUACCUAAUAUCUUGUAUCGUGUAUCUGCUAUUUUCUUGUGUCUCCAGCACUUCAUUGGAUAUAUAGCGUCAUGUCAGCAAUGGAACCUAAAAUCCUGAUGAAGCCAGACGACCAGCUAGAUCUGUCUCCAGAGGAGCUGAAGGAGGAGUUUACUAGAAUCCUGACUGCCAACAAUCCUCACGCCCCCAACAAUAUUGUUCGCUACAGUUUCAAAGAGCGUUGUUACAAGAUGAAGAUGGGGGUUGACCAGCUAGCUAUCCACUUCUCAAUGGACGGUAACAUGUUACAUAAGGAGAGUGACGAGGGACGACGGCAGCUUACACGGCUAGGACUGUCAGACUCUGGGACAGGUGUGGAGCAGAACCUCAAUGAAAUAGAGAUACCAGGAGAAGAGGAACUGGAACUGGAGCUGGAGGGAGAAGAGGCGGAAAGGGAUGCUCCUAAGGAGGUCCUUGCAGCGGUGAAGCCAGAAUCUGCUCUGAGAAACCAAUUCAACUACAGUGAACGAGCUUCACAAACCUUCAACAAUCCUUACAGGGAACGUGGCACAACUACAGAACCACCUCCCCGCACAAACUUCUCAGCAACAGCCAACCAGUGGGAAAUAUUUGACGCAUACCAAGAAGAAAUGGAUCGGCAAGAGAGACAGAAAGAGAAACAAAAGUCACGUGACAAGGAGGUGGAGAAGAGAGGCAAGAGUUCAGUACCGGAGCUGAACCAGGGAGACGAGAUUCAGAGGAUAGGGACACCUGCUAAGAUUGUGGAGAGGAUGGUUAAUCAGAACACACACGAUGAGAUUGCGCAGGAUUUUAAGUACUGGGAGGAUGCAUCAGAUGAGUUCAAGGGGAAUGAAGGUACUCUGUUGCCCCUCUGGCCUUUCAAGUCGGAUAAAGCUAAGAAACUGUCGGUUACUGCUGUUGUUUUCAAUCCGGAGUAUGAUGAUAUGUUCGCAGUGGGUCAUGGCAGCUAUGAUUUCUUGAAACAAGGGUCUGGCUUGAUAUGUGUGUACUCUCUGAAGAACCCAUCUUUUCCUGAGUUCACCUACACCACCGAGAGUGGGGUUAUGACCCUAGAUUUUCACCCCGAGCACCCCUGGCUGAUGGCUGUGGGGUUCUAUGAUGGCGGUGUGGCAGUUUACAAUCUCCGGGAUAAGAUGAACGAACCAAACUAUUCGUCUUCUGCCAAGAAUGGCAAACAUACUGACACCGUGUGGCAGGUGUACUGGCAAGAGAACGAUCUGGACAACAACCUGAACUUCUUCUCAAUCUCAAGUGACGGUAGGGUGACGUGUUGGAGUCUGAUAAAGAACGAGCUGCACAACACUGAUAUCAUACUAAUACGACUGAACACCACAGCAGAGCCCGACCCUGGGGCUGGGGGACUUGAUUUAGCAUGUGGAACGUGUUUCGACUUCCACAAGUUCACGGACUACCUGUUCCUGGUGGGAACGGAGGAGGGCAAGAUCCACAAGUGUAGCAAACAUUACAGUUCUCAAUAUCUGGAUACCUACCACGCCCAUCACAUGGCCGUGUACGCUGUCCGCUGGAACAACUUCCAUCCUCGAGUCUUUGCUAGCUGCAGUGCUGACUGGACCGUCAAGAUCUGGGAUCAUAACUACAGUGAGCCAAUGUUCACGUUUGACCUGGGGAACUCAGUCGGUGACGUGGUUUGGUCGCCCUAUUCUGCAACUGUGUUCGGUGCUGUGACGGACGAUGGUCAGGUGCACAUAUUCGACCUGAGUCAGGAGAAAUACAGUCCUCUCUGUCAGCAGUCAGUUGUGCAGAAAAAGAGAACAAAAGUUAAUCAUUUGGCGUUCAACAAACACUAUCCUGUAAUUCUUGUUGGAGAUGACCGAGGCAACGCUUUGACUCUAAAACUUAGCCCCAACCUCAGAAAAUGCCUAAAGGACAAAGCGUACUCGAAUGAGAACGAGAUAGCUAAGAUGGAGAAACUUCUCGAACUGGUCCGAGAGCCAGCUGAGAAUCUGAGUGACAAAUAAGAACGAGAUUGUUAAAUGUUUACCUGUAACUGGUUGCUUCAUGGCUUCGUGUGAUCACCUUAAAUAGCUACUCGUGUGCAGCCGGUCGUUAUUGCAAAAGACUUAACAUUUAGAUGUUCAUUGUUCAUUGUUCUGACAUGUUCAUCAAGUUUAAAGUACUAGUACGCUAGACGCCACUGCCAAACUUAUAGCCGAUAUUCAAAUGCUUUUUGUAACUUUUGUGUUAAUCCAAAACAGCGCAGAAAGUGACAAAUCAGAAGGUUGUGAGCUCAAAGUAAAAAACCGUUUAGAUGUUGUAUAACUGAUAACAUUAACUGUGCAUGUUGUUGAAUGCAUAAUAAUCGCUGCAGAAUCAAACGGAAAAAGAGUUUGAUUUCAUGUUUUGACACGACUGAAAAUUGUAAUAUAAGAUGUAAGAAUGAGUGUAUUAUUUGUACAUCUGUAUGCUGUAAGAUAUUUUUAGUUUCAUUUCAUAGUACUUAUUUUAAUCAAUUAGUACAC